UCGUUUUUGGUCGCCUGCUUCGGCACUUCACUCCGCUGUGGCGGGAUCUUCGUUUCUAUAAAAAAAGAAUGAAAUCGCUAGAUCGCUGGAUGUAUUCAAAUCGCAUUGUCGUUUGAACCUUGUUACCGCGAUGAAUAUCGUGUUCAACAAGAUGGAGAUGUUCGACAUAUUCGAGAUAAUAACGUGUGUCUAACUGAGAGAGCAAUGCGUAAGUGUAAACGUCAGCACUCAAAGCCCAAAAUCUUACAAAAAGUGGCGCAAAGGUAUGUUUCAUGUGCAGGACGUCUCCGCCUCCUCCCGCAAUGUCCCAUCUUACUUGCGCAUGCCAUGGUAUUCAUUCAAGGCAACAAGACUGGCACAGUAAUGUUCCAAAUCACUACCACUCAACGCUUGCGUAGCGCCCCAAGAUGUACAAAAGAUCGUAAUCCUCGUACCACCAACCACCGCUCGCAUGAAGCGGUGCCUUCGGGUGGUCAGUGUAAUACGAACUCCGCAUCACUUUUCUGACUGUAGGCACCUAAUUCAAUUGCCUCGUUCGCUGGGGCUCGAUGCAGUAGUUCAGCUGCAGGAAGAUGCUGAUGGUAUUUUGGCCUGCUUCGAGUUUAUGUAGGCGACAAUCUCCGUAGACGUUUUGUGAAGUAUCGAAUCAAGAUGCGUGGCCAAUAGUAAAGCUUGGGUAAAUAUCAACAAUCCAUGACGGCGUUUAAGGUGCCUUAGUAAAAAUUGGUUCACAUAUUGACUGAGGUAUACCCGGUAGCUGGGAACUACGUAGGUAAAUUUCCUAAUCACUACAGUUACGCGAGGGUCAAUCCGCGAAGAAGUGCUAUGUUGUAUGGCUUAGGACGAAUCUGCGGACGAAGCCCUGCUAACAUAGUCGUGAGGCAGUACUGCUGUCUACCAGGUCGAACGUGUCAUUCCGUUCUAAUUACAUAGCCCCAGAGCAUAUAGAUCUCUCACCGGGAUCUUCCCAUGUAUAGAGAGAUGCCUUGUGCAGGCACCCAGGCUCAGCCAGGUCAUGAAGGUGAGAUUGAAUAACAGAAUUACGUUCCUUCUACAACCGCUGCAAGCUGCCUGAAGUUCCAAAGGCAGUGCAGUUUCAUCAAUCUCAUUCAAUCUCCCACUGCCUCGUUUUGAAAGCCACUGAAGAUCCAAGACAUACUUCCCGUCCAUAUGCUCUGUUUGACUUAGUCGUUUAAUGGAUCGCCUGCCCGCCUGGACAGAAUCCUUCCAGCGGAAGCUCAAGUUAUUUUCAUAACAUCCGUUACCGGCAAUCCCGUCAUGUGCUCCUAGUACUCCACAUACGACGCGUGUUGCUGCAAUCCGCCUCUAGCUACCAUCUAUCGCACGUAUUGUAAACAGCGAGCAGAAUCACUUGGAAUCAAACUCCCCAGAACUUGCUCGAAAUCUCUCCCCUGUGUAUUCAUCCUCCCAGAUCAAACUCGUCCAACGUGAGCUGUUCCUCGCGAAGCCUGCGUUGUUGACAGCUCAGAACCCAUCAGAUAUUUGUUGAGGUGGCUGCAUGGCAAACAAAAUCACAUUGUUCCUACACAUGCAUACUGCAUACCUAAAAUUCGCUCAUUCACUGUAACCGAGAGAGUAAAAAUAGUCAGAGAUACGAGUGACAGCUCCCACAACAGGGAGAGUAUGAAUGGCAUCAUUUGGGAGGUGUGCCAUCGGUCACAGUUACAUCGUAUUUGCUGACACGGUGCCUACCGGUUAUCUGCCGUCUUUGUAACCUCAUUGCCAGUUAUGCAGGAAGCCAUGUUAUUGAGACGUGCUCCUCAUUUUAUGCAAGUAAGGCAUAUACUCAACGAGUAGGCGUUCCUCUGGUCAAUUCAAGUGAUCUAUCCGCAGCCCGCCGGCUCAUCCGGAACAUCCGUAAGAGGUCAUUCAACAUUUGGGAACUAUCGUAGAUUGCCGUAGCCUGAAGCAACUGCAAUCAAAUACAUUCUUCAGCUUUAUAAGACAACCCAGGGAAGCAUCACGUCCCAUAGAAACCACGCCUUGCUGGAAGCGACUGCGAGAUCAAGAGCCCAGUCGAUACAGACUUCCAACUCACAGAAAAAUGAAACAGAGUCAGUGACUUUGACUUCUUUGUAACCCCCGGUAGCAUUCAAUAAAUGAUUAGAACUUAUCUGGCGCAGACAGUAUAAUUGGGACCACGGAAAAUUUAUUGGAACUCAAAUCGAUCCCUUUAUCACUUGCUACGAGGUCUUUGAGGACCCCGACUUGCUACUACCGCACUGUCAACUCUUUAUUAUUAACUUCAGCCUGUCUGCCCUCAAUCACACUCGUACCCCAGUUUUGUUCCCCAUAGGCUAGAAUAUAUUCAGCCACGUGACGCAGGUACAUCAUGCGCAUUUUCUUAGAACACACUUGAAUCGUAUCAUGGAUAACUAUUACCAUGUCUGGCCACCAGAAGAAUACCGCAAUAUGAUCGACAAUCUGAU